UAUUAAAUGUUUAACUAUGCUGGCAGUUUAUAAUAAUUACGAACAUAAUUGCAAUAUCGUAAUGGGUUAUUUAUUUUAAACAAUGAACUGACUGUAUAUACAUUAGUUUAAAGCAAUGAGUGAAUUUAAAUUGCAUCAUUUAGUGGUUGAAUUGAUUGGGCUAUUAGGGUCAACUUCUGCACCUGAAAAACAUGUAGAAAAAUUACAGAAAGAAGGUAUACCUACAAGCGCGAGUGCUUUGACUAUUGUUGCUUCGCAAAGUUCUAUUCGUAAUUUAGCAAAAAGUUCUCCAUUUCCUGAAUUAUUUCUUCAAAAAUAUGAAGAAUUAAAAGCAAAAAAGAUAGAUCUAUUGGGAUUAUUUAUACAAGUCUUGGAACUCAUAUCUGAAGAUAAAAAAUUGAAGAAUUACUUGGCUAGACAAGUAUUGGCGUUAGCAUCAAAUUCUAGUGAAAAUGCUGCCAUUACUACAGAAGAUUUACCACAGAUAUGUAAAAAUGUAAUCAAGGCUGCUGUGGAAGGAGAAAAAAAAUUAAAUAAGCAUGUAGGUGCAAUUGCAAAGAAAGCAGAAUCGUCUAUGAUAAAGCACAACUGGAUUCAUGAGAGACCUCGAAUGACUUGGGACUUCUAUAAUGAGUCUGGCAUAUCACCAUGUCAAAAGGUUGUGCCUGUUGCAUCUCAAGAAUCUGUAUUACUUUGGGAUCUUUUGUACUGUUUAAAGGGUAUAGACGGGUCUUAUAUAGUUUCUGAACCUUUAACAAGUCCGUAUGCGGUGAAAACGUUUAGCAUAUCUUCGGAUGUUUGUAUAUCGUAUAAACAAAUGUCGCAACAAAUAUUACCUCUUGCAUCGCACUACUCCAUGGCAGCCAGAUUCGUCGAGGAAAAAGUUUUACCUGAAGAUGGACAAGUAAAUCAUGCUUUGAGAGGAGCUAUAAAGAGUUUACUGAGAGAUUAUUUACUAUUUAUUGUACAAUUGGAAACAGAGCAUAUCCGUGGCAAAUUAAAUUUACAGAAAUUGUGGUUUUAUAUACAGCCCACUAUAAUUGCAAUGUCUAUUCUCUUCCAAAUUACAUCCACUAUAUGCAAGGCAAACGCGAAAGGUGGGAAAGUACUUAGUCUUCUGCACGAGCAAGCAAAUAAUAUUAGUGGCGAGGCAAAGUUUAAAGAAUUAUGUAUGUUUCUUAUACAAGCAGCAAGCAUUCCUUAUAUGCAAAUAUUAGAAAAAUGGGUGUACAAAGGUGUAAUAUGUGAUCCAUAUGAAGAGUUUUUUGUGGAAGAUAAUGAAUUAAUUCAAAGAGAGGAAUUGCCUAUAGAUUAUUCUGCGGAUUACUGGGAGAAAAGAUAUACUAUGAGGUCAGAGAGAAUUCCCACGUUUCUUAACGAGCAUGCACAAACAAUUUUAAGAACUGGGAAAUAUUUUAAUGUAAUUAGACAGUGUGGUAAAACAAUUCAAUGGGGAAAACAAGAACCUUUAGUCUAUCAACAUCAAGGACAGAAAUAUAUAGCUACUAUCGAUAGAGCAUAUUUUGAAGCAGCAAAAACUUUAUUAGAAGUUCUCAUACAUGAAAAUGAUUUAAUGGGACGACUUCGUAGCGUGAAAAGUUAUUUUCUUCUUGCACAAGGAGAUUUUGUAGUUCAAUUCAUGAAUCUGUGUGAAACAGAAUUAAAUAAAAGUAUGUACGAUAUUGUCAUCCAUCGAUUGGCAUCGCUUCUUGAAGUUGCGUUGCGUAUGUCGACUGCAGAUUCAGAUCCGUACAAAGAUGAUUUAAAACCUGAACUUUUACCAUACGAUCUUCAGUUUCAAAUGUUUAGAAUACUUUCGAUUCAAACCAGAGACGAGAAAGAGUAUUACUUUCAAAAUGACAAAACAUUAACCGGUUUAGAAGCGUUUGUAUUUAAUUAUGACGUUAAGUGGCCUGUUUCUUUAAUACUUAAUAGAAAAGCGAUUGCUUGCUAUCAAAUGCUAUUCAGACAUUUAUUUUAUUGCAAAUACAUUGAAAGACGCUUAUGCAGAGUAUGGAUUGCUAAUAAAAUCGCAAAAACUUUUACUCAUAACGUGGCAAUGUCGUAUAGAAAAGCAUUUUCAUUGCGGCAACGAAUGCUCGAUUGUAUUCAACAUCUGGCGUAUUAUAUGAUGGUUGAAGUUAUAGAACCGAAUUGGCUCACAUUUAUAAAUAAAAUGAAUAAGGUCAGCAACGUGGACGAUGUUUUAAGCGUACACCAAGGCUUACAAGAUAGUUACUUGAAGGAGUGUAUGCUAACAGAUCCAGAUCUUCUUGGCUUCAUCACGGGUAUCUGUGCCUCCUGUAUCGAUUUUUGUAAUUUCAUGGAGCGUAUGAGCCCAUACUACAUUGACGCCGAAUUGACUUCCAUGAUUGGUGCCUAUCAGGAAGAUGUCUAUGAUUUUGAGGAUGAAAAUGGAGACAUAACUAAGGAAAAUGCUGGCAGCUUUGAAGAAACAAUUGUAUCGCUGGAUGAUAAAUUUACCCAAGUAUUGGUACGUUUUCUAGAUCGAAUUUGUGAUUUAGGAUAUGACAACAAUAAUGAAAAACUCCUAAAUGUUUUUUGUAGGCUAGAUUUCAAUUCAUUUUAUACCAACAUUUUGAUACGACGUGGAAGAGAGAAAACAACAAUACAGGAAGAGGUUUCGGGUUAAAUAUCAAACAUUCGCACGUGGUAGGACAUCAUUUAUAUUUAGGUUUAUACAUAACGUAGCUCUCUAACAAUUGAAUUGUGAAAUGAAUCUCGUUAAAUUGAUAUUUGUAUACGAUAUUAAAACGUCCAUAAAAAUUGGUCUAGUACCGAGAUAUUGUUUAUUAAGAGAAAUCCGAUUAGUCGUGUAACUAAUGUUUAAUUCAGCCUACUAAAAAUCAUGUAAUUUUUUCAGAUUUGUCACUUUUUAAAAUUACAAAUUUGAAAUUGUUAUAAACGAUCAUC